AGAAGGAAACAAGCAACAUGGCCAGAACCAAGCAGACCGCUCGUAAAUCUACCGGUGGCAAAGCCCCGAGGAAGCAGCUUGCCACAAAGGCAGCCCGUAAGAGUGCGCCAGCCACCGGUGGCGUGAAGAAGCCCCAUCGGUACAGGCCCGGCACCGUGGCUCUGAGAGAGAUCCGUCGCUACCAGAAGUCGACUGAGCUGCUUAUCCGCAAGCUCCCCUUCCAGCGUCUGGUCAGAGAAAUCGCCCAGGACUUCAAGACUGACUUGCGGUUCCAGAGCUCCGCUGUGAUGGCUCUGCAGGAGGCUAGCGAAGCCUACCUGGUCGGUCUCUUCGAGGACACCAACUUGUGCGCCAUCCACGCCAAGAGGGUUACCAUCAUGCCCAAGGACAUCCAACUGGCCCGCCGCAUUCGCGGAGAGCGCGCCUAAAUGUAGUUUGACUGCAACAUCCCCAAAGGCUCUUUUAAGAGCCACCUCAUUAUCUCUAUGAAAAGACCAGGCCUUCCGUUUCCUUGCAUGCUUGUAUCAUGUGUAAUACCAUGAUCAUAACCAUAUGACACUGCUGGCAACAGUGAGUAUGCCUGUCAAAGCAAUGCGAUUUGCAUCGAAUGCUCUAACAAUCGAUGACAUUAAGCAGCUCAAUUAGACUUUGCCCAGAACGACUGUUCCACUUUUCUAACGCACCAUCUGUGAGAAACGAUUACAUAUGCUAGGCCUGUAUCGAAUUUGGACUGUCCUUGCAUGCUUGUAGUAUGUAAAACGGCUGGCACCAGUGUUGUAGGCCUAUCCACACAACGAUUUGCAACAAAUGGCAGCUCAAUUUUAUCUGGUCCAGAACCAAUUCCUACAAAACAGAAAUGGUGCAGUAUGAAUUGAAUUUCCAAUAUGCUACUAUUAAAGUCUCACAAA